CCACAUCACUAGCAUGGCGGAACACGGAGCAGGAAUUCCGCCUAUGCGCCGAUGACAGCGUCGUUGAUGGGGGUAAUACCGACUAUGACCAUCCUCUGGCAAUACAGAUCUGUUGCCCGGCGACGAGCGGCGAUCCCUAAAGUCAACUAACCAGCUGAGAGCAACUUGGCAGCAGUUUAUCCCCCCGGACACACACAGCUGUUUUGGGCCACCGGCUGGUGUCAGACUGGACAGACGGUGGAUGAAGACGAGGGUUUGCCCUGAUGCUCGGAGUUGGACCGGUGCCUUUUAUCCACUUUGAACUCCUUGCUGGGAUUAACUAGGCUAGCUAAGUCUUGUUGAAGAGUUUUAGAAUAUAAGAUAAUGGAUUUGUUCGGGGUACUGCAUCUGGACGAGCUGUCCCACGGGCUGGCAAACUUGUCCAUGUUUCCAUACUUUGACAUGGCGCACUAUAUCGUGUCAGUCAUGGCUCUGAGGGAGCAGCCAGGCGCUCUUGAGGUCUCCAGGGUCAGCCCCAUAGCCUGCUGGUUCAGCUCCAUGCUCUUCUGCUUUGGUGGAGCAGUGCUGUCCGGGAUCAUGCUGGCCGAGCCAGCUAUCGCACCUUUGUCUAACAGCACCAGUGUUCUGCUUGCUUCGAUCAUCUGGUACCUAGUGUUUUACUGCCCCAUGGACCUGGUGUACUGUUGUGCUGCCCUGCUGCCUCUCAGGCUGGUGCUGUCAGGAAUGAAGGAAGUGACCAGGACGUGGAAAGUGCUUGGAGGGGUCACCCAGGCACACAGCAAAUACAAGGACAGUCUGCUGGUUAUGAUUGCCAUCGGGUGGGCUAGAGGUGCUGGAGGUGGUCUAAUAAGUAAUUUUGAGCAGCUUGUUCGAGGUGUAUGGAAACCAGAGACUAAUGAGCUCCUCAAAAUGUCUUACCCCACCAAGAUCACCCUCAUAGGGGCAGUGCUGUUUGCUCUGCAGCAGACCCACUACCUGCCUCUCCAGAAGCACCACCUGAUGCUCAUCUACACCAUCUUUACCGUCGUCAACAAGUCAAGGAUGAUGCUAACAGGCUCCUCCACCUCACCAUUCGCUGGCAUUGAGUCGGCCAUCUACAAGACCCUCUUCACUGGCUGCUCCCCUUAUGCCGCCCUCACCGACGACUUAAAGAAAGCAUGUAUUGACAAUAGCACAACCGACACGGCAACCUCCACUUCCACAACCAAAGAAUCAAGUGAGAAUGGAGCAGCGGGGAAUCACACUCCGGUUUCUCAUGACAAGGGACAAAGUGCAUCGCUCAAAGCCAAAGAAGAGUCAGAGAACGCAGAGACUAGCUGCAAGAAGACCGACUAGUCAGCCUCUGCCCCAUAGCGCCUUUUCACCUCUAAGCAGGGUUGUGGAGUCAUUUUCUGAUUCACAUUUGUCACGUCAGGACCUUAAACUUUCUGACUGCUGAAAACAAAUUCCAAAGGGAGCUGACUCCGGGCGCCCCGGUUGGCUCAGUCGGUGGAGCUAGCGACCCAUAUACGCAGUGGCCCGGGUUCGAAUCCGACCUGCAGCCCUUCGCUGCAUGUCAUCUCCUCUCUCUGCCCCCCUUUCCUGUCUAUCUCCAGCUGCCUAUCAAAUAAAGGCAUAAAGGCCAAAAAAAUAAUACUUUAAAAAGAAAAGGGAGCUGACUCCAACCAACCCUGCACCUUAUUGUUGGAUAAUCAACCCCAUCCUUAAAGUACUGUGAUUUUUAUGCUGUCGGAUGUGACCAUCAUACUAUCGUUGGACUGAUUGCACACUGUGUAGCCUAAUUUAUAUUUAUAAUGGGUACAAGAUCUUAAUAAUUCUAUCUCUGGGUUUUGGGAACAGUGCUGUGCACCUUCUGAUCUAUGAAUGUCUAUAUAUAUUUUUCUUUGUAUAUAUUGGACUGAAUGUAAAUGCUAUAUUUCCUACUCUGACAUAGUUCGAAACAUUUUUAAAAGAGAGAUUAUAUUCUAUGACACAGAUGUUUUAUCCUAUUUAUACUAAAUAAUUGCACUCUUGAAUGUAUAACAGUUUGAAAUGAAAGACAUUUUAUUGUAGUCUGUCUAUGGCAAAUGCUUUGAAUUACAUAUGAAAGCAUGAGAAUAAACAGGUUUUAACACACUAAAA